GUGCAAGCUAAUCACAGAUACACAGCAAGCCAGUAAUCAAGUCAAGAACAGAUCUUCUUCCUUAAAUUCCAGUCCCAAACUUCAGGAGAUAAAUAAGGUCCUUGCUCUAAAAUCUAAUGGGUACAAAGACAAGGUGACUCACUGCUCUGAAGGAAAAUUUGGAUGGGGUCUCUCGCCUGCCACUGCUGAACUCUGCCACCCCGGGCAAUUUUAACACGAAACCAAGGGCCAGUCAAGCCACAUGUGUCAAAAGAAGACAGGCAUGGCCAUGGAGCAAGCUGAACAUAACCCAAAUGAAUCCAUGAACCUCAACUUUGCUGCAAUCUACAAUCUCCACAAUGCAGAUUUAACCUCCUUGCGAAACUUCUCUCUCCCUUUCAAUUUCAGUUACAGUGACUAUGACCAGCUACUGGACAGUGAAGAUGACAUGACCAAAACCCGCACUUUCUUUGCAGCCAAGAUUGUGAUCGGGGUUGCCCUGGUUGGCAUCAUGCUGGUCUGUGGUAUUGGCAACUUCAUCUUCAUUGCUGCUCUCGCCCGUUACAAGAAGCUGCGAAACCUCACCAACCUGCUGAUUGCCAACCUGGCCAUCUCAGACUUCAUUGUGGCCAUUGUGUGUUGCCCCUUCGAGAUGGACUACUAUGUUGUGCGACAGCUGUCCUGGGAGCAUGGCCACGUUCUCUGUGCCUCAGUGAACUACCUACGGACUGUCUCCCUCUAUGUUUCUACCAAUGCUCUCCUGGCUAUAGCUGUUGACAGGUAUUUGGCCAUUGUUCAUCCACUGAAACCGCGCAUGAAUUAUCAAACAGCAACCAUCCUCAUCGCCUUGGUCUGGAUAGUCUCCAUACUUGUAGCUAUCCCAUCUGCAUACUUUGCUACUGAAACUGUGUUAUAUAUGGUGAAAAACCAAGAGAAAAUUUUCUGUGGUCAAAUUUGGCCAGUUGACCAGCAGAUGUAUUACAAAUCGUACUUCCUCUUCAUCUUUGGCAUUGAAUUUGUUGCACCUGUGACCACGAUGACCUUGUGUUAUGCCAGGAUCUCUCGGGAGCUUUGGUUUAAAACUGUACCAGGAUUUCAGACAGAACAGAUAAGAAAGAGGCUUCGAUGCAGAAGGAAAACUGUUAUGGUACUGAUGUGCAUCCUGACUGCAUAUGUUCUCUGCUGGGCACCAUUCUAUGGCUUCACAAUUGUCCGUGACUUUUUCCCCACCAUCUUUGUGAAAGAGAAGCAUUAUCUUACUGCUUUUUACAUAGUUGAAUGCAUUGCUAUGAGUAACAGCAUGAUAAACACCAUGUGUUUUGUAACUGUAAAAAAUAACACCAUGAAGUAUUUCAAGAAGAUCAUGUUGCUCAGAUGGAGAUCAACAUAUAAUGGAAGCAAAUCUAGCACAGAUUUAGACCUGAGACCAAGUGAGAUGCCAGUCACAGAGGAGGUAGACUGUAUAAAACUGAAAUAAACUUUCUGCAGUUCUAAUCUCACGUUUUUGAAAAGGAAGUAAAGAGGAAAUAAUGCCUCCUCAGAAUCUUUUCCCUUCUCUGUGGUGAUACUCACCACUGGUUAAGAGUUCUUGAAAAGCAGGCUACAAUGAAUUUCUAUCAGAACUCUUCAUUGGACUGAUGUAUAAUUCCAUCAUUC